GCGCUUCAGCCUCAGUGCGGAGCCCUCAGCGGUGAGGGGAGGAGCGGCCGCGGACAGCUCCGGAGCAGCGGCGGCUGCGGGUGCGGGAGCGGAACCACACCCACGUCGCUGCCCCUGUUCUCUUUUUGCUCUCUCGUCGUCCUGCGGGAGACCGCGUUCCCGGAGGAGAGCGGCCGCCCACGCCCCGAGCAUCCUCCCCUGUGCAGCGGGCGCUGACAGACCCGGCGGCAUGAUGCGGCUGCGAGGCUCCGCGAUGCUGCGGGACCUGCUCCUGCGGUCGCCUGCCGCCGCCUGCGCCGCUCUGCGGCGGGCGCAGCCCUUGGCCACCUUGAGCCGGCGCCCCCAGCAGCAGCAGCCCGGGGCGUCUCCGCCCGCGGCCCCGCCGGCGCCUGGCCCCAAGGACGGCCCCGGGGAGACGGACGCGCUCGGCAACAGCGAGGGCAAGGAACUGGUGGCCUCGGGCGAAAAUAAAAUAAAACAGGGUCUGUUACCUAGCUUGGAAGAUUUGCUGUUCUAUACAAUUGCAGAAGGACAAGAGAAAAUACCUGUUCAUAAAUUUAUUACAGCACUCAAAUCUACAGGAUUGCGAACGUCUGAUCCCAGGUUGAAAGAGUGUAUGGAUAUGUUAAGAUUAACUCUUCAAACAACAUCAGAUGGUGUCAUGCUAGACAAAGAUCUUUUUAAAAAAUGUGUUCAAAGCAACAUUGUUUUGUUGACGCAAGCGUUUAGAAGAAAGUUUGUCAUUCCUGACUUUAUGUCUUUUACGUCACACAUCGAUGAGUUAUAUGAAAGUGCUAAAAAGCAGUCUGGAGGAAAGGUUGCAGAUUAUAUUCCUCAACUAGCCAAGUUCAGUCCUGAUUUGUGGGGUGUAUCCGUUUGUACGGUAGAUGGACAGAGGCAUUCUAUUGGAGAUACCAAAGUUCCAUUUUGUCUUCAGUCCUGUGUAAAACCUUUGAAAUAUGCCAUUGCUGUUAAUGAUCUUGGAACAGAAUAUGUGCAUCGAUAUGUUGGGAAAGAGCCAAGUGGAUUAAGAUUCAACAAACUGUUUUUAAAUGAAGAUGAUAAACCACACAAUCCUAUGGUAAAUGCUGGAGCAAUUGUUGUGACUUCAUUAAUAAAGCAAGGAGUGAAUAAUGCUGAAAAAUUUGACUAUGUGAUGCAGUUUUUGAAUAAGAUGGCUGGUAAUGAAUAUGUUGGAUUCAGUAAUGCGACGUUUCAGUCUGAAAGAGAAAGUGGAGAUCGAAAUUUUGCAAUAGGAUAUUACUUAAAAGAAAAAAAGUGUUUUCCAGAAGGCACAGACAUGGUUGGUAUAUUAGACUUCUACUUCCAGCUGUGCUCCAUUGAAGUAACUUGUGAAUCAGCCAGUGUGAUGGCUGCGACACUGGCUAAUGGUGGUUUCUGCCCAAUUUCUGGUGAAAGAGUACUGAGCCCUGAGGCAGUUCGAAAUACAUUGAGUUUGAUGCAUUCCUGUGGCAUGUAUGAUUUCUCAGGGCAAUUUGCUUUCCAUGUUGGUCUUCCUGCAAAAUCUGGAGUUGCUGGGGGCAUUCUUUUAGUUGUCCCCAAUGUCAUGGGUAUGAUGUGCUGGUCUCCUCCUCUGGACAAGAUGGGCAAUAGUGUUAAGGGAAUUCACUUCUGUCACGAUCUUGUUUCUCUGUGUAAUUUCCAUAACUAUGAUAAUUUGAGACACUUUGCAAAAAAACUUGAUCCUCGAAGAGAAGGUGGUGAUCAAAGGGUAAAGUCAGUGAUAAACCUUUUGUUUGCGGCGUACACUGGGGAUGUGUCUGCACUUCGAAGAUUUGCUUUGUCAGCCAUGGACAUGGAACAGCGGGACUAUGACUCUAGAACAGCACUGCAUGUAGCUGCUGCAGAGGGUCAUGUUGAAGUUGUUAAAUUUUUGCUGGAAGCCUGCAAAGUAAAUCCUUUCCCCAAAGACAGGUGGAAUAACACUCCCAUGGAUGAAGCACUGCACUUUGGACACCACGAUGUAUUUAAAAUCCUCCAGGAAUACCAAGUCCAGUACACGCCUCAAGGAGACUCCGACAAUGGAAAGGAAAAUCAAACCGUCCAUAAGAAUCUGGACGGAUUGUUAUAACGGUCUUAAUCCCAAGAUUUAAAUCACUUACCUAUUUAAUUCUGGAAAAUUAUUAUGAAGAACGUGUGUAUUUCUAUCUGGUAGUGAUGUAUAUUUUACAACAUUUGUCAUUUCAGUGUUACUGGAGUUUUCUUCAUUGUAGGCACAGGACAAAUCUGAUCUCUUUGGGAAAAAAUAGAAAUAAAAAAAUCUCCCUCCAUAAUGUGAGCAAUAUUUACCUCGUGCAUUGUAUAAUUUGAUGUAAAAGAAAUAGUUACCAAUGCUA